AUGCACACACACACGCGCGCGCGCGCGCACACGUCGCGGAGAGCGGCGCAGGCUGCGCUGCGCACCACGUGCUGCGCCGAGCGGGGCGGGUGGGCGCGCGGGGCGGCGCUUGCAGUUCAAGUGGAUGCCAAUCAAAACAUCAACUUCAAAUUGAGGGGAGAUCUUUUGGGAAUACCUCUGUCUGAUCUAAACGUAAAGAGCCUGGAGCGGGGAGGGCCGAAUCUGACUGUGAAGACCCUUUGCACUGUUCACAGGCAUAUUCCGGCUGCCGGAGUAGGCUAUUCAAACCUGUUAAGAGACGCUAACGAGAUAAUUGAGGGUUUUUUUUUUUUCUUCCCUUCUUCCCUCUCCGCUUGUCUGAAUGUGUUGCAGGGCUCCCAGUACGAGCUCAAAGAUAAUCCGGGCGUCCACCCUGCCACCUUUGCUGCCCACACUGCCCCUGGCUAUUAUCCCUACGGACAGUUCCAGUAUGGGGACCCUGGGCGGCCCAAAAACGCCACCCGAGAGAGCACCAGCACCCUCAAGGCCUGGCUCAACGAGCACCGCAAGAAUCCCUACCCCACUAAGGGCGAGAAGAUCAUGCUGGCCAUCAUCACCAAGAUGACCCUCACCCAGGUCUCCACCUGGUUCGCCAACGCCCGCCGGCGCCUCAAGAAGGAGAACAAAGUGACCUGGGGCUCCAGGAGCAAAGAUCAAGAAGAUGCCAACCUUUUUGGGAGUGACAAUGAGGGGGACCCGGAGAAGAAUGAAGACGAUGAGGAAAUUGACUUGGAGAGCAUAGACAUAGAUAAAAUCGAUGAGAAUGAUGGGGAGCAGAGCAAUGAGGAAGAGGAGGAGAAGCCCGAACUCCUUAGACAAAGCAUUGAAGAGGAACACUUGGACAAAGAUAAAGAUGUGACACUGUCAGGUCCUGAAGCGCUGAAACCCAAAGAUACAAUGGCCAUGGUAAAGGAGUCCUCUGACACACGAAUCUUAAGCCCCAGUGGACAGAACAAUCUACAGAUGCCAUCUCUCACCAAACCCAAGAUUUGGUCUUUGGCAGAGACUGCAACAACUCCUGAUGGUGCCCUGAAAUCAUCUCCUCCUCCACCGCCUACUCCCCAGGUUAACCACACUUCCCCACAGAUCCAGCAUCCUGCUUUUCUUCCUAGCCAUGGACUCUACACAUGCCAGAUUGGCAAAUUUCACAACUGGACAAAUGGGGCUUUCCUCACCCAGAGUUCCCUGCUAAAUGUGAGGUCCUUAUUGGGAGUAAACCAUCACCAUGCUGUUCAUCACAACCACCACCUCCAGGCCCAGCAGCAGCCUUCUGUUUUAACAGCAACCCUGGGAGCCCUAGGCAGUGAAAAACCUUCAGAGAGGACGAGUCCCAAACACAUAGAAAGGGAAAAUAUGCCAAGAACUGAAUCCCCACCUCAGCCACUCAAAUCGCCUUUCCAGCCUGUUCGUGACAAUUCUUUGGCUCAGCAAGAGGGAACACCGCGAAUUUUAACGGCUCUCCCUUCUGCUUGA